CCCUCACCCCGCGCGACUCGGUUAUAAUGGACUCGCCCAACCGGCGGAUCUCACGCGUCACGUGACCCGCUUCUCUUCCUUUCUUUUUUGGCGCGCAACCUCCGUCCCUUGAGAGGAAGAACGAAGCAGCAAGCAGCCGCCAUGUCGACUGAUUACGGAGCCUACAGCAGCAGCGGCGGUGGCGGCGGCGGCAGCGGAGGAGGGGGAGGUGGGGCAAGUGGGGGAGCAGGGCAGGGGUAUGGAGCGUACAGCGGUGCCCAGGCGCAGUAUGGACAAACCGGCCAGCAGAGCUAUGGGAGCUAUGCUCAGCCCACUGACUCCACCUCCUACUCGGCUCAGGGCCAACAGCAGACCGCCACCACUGGGGGAGCCUACAACCAGCAGAGCUACGCAGGUUAUACUGGCAGCAGCUCCUACGGGGGCACCCAGUCUGCGCAGGGCUACAGCAGCAGCGGCUACGACUCCGGCGCUUCCUCGGCCGGAUCCUAUGGGCAGCAGGCCGGGGGGCAGCAGCAGCAGGGCAGCUACGGGAGCGGCUACAGCAGUGGACAGCAGCAGAGCACUCCUGCUGGCAGCUACGGAGGGGGGUCCAGCAGCAGCUAUGACCAGCAGGCGUCCGGCUACAGCAGCGGAGGCGGCAGCAGCGGCCAGACGGCCACAGCCGGCUACCAGAGUCAGCAGCAGUCGUCGGGAGGCUACGGAGGAGGGGGGCAGUCGUCGGGAGGCUAUGGAGGAGGGGGGCAGUCGUCGGGAGGCUAUGGAGGAGGGGGGCAGUCGUCGGGAGGCUAUGGAGGAGGGGGGCAGUCGUCGGGAGGCUAUGGAGGAGGGGGGCAGUCGGGAGGCUACGGAGGAGGAGGAGGUGGGCAGGGCGGCAGCUACGCCUGCUAG